UAUAAGAACUGUUGGGACAAAGACGAACAGUUUAGAUUCAAAAAUGAUACAUCAAAUGUAUAUCGUUUUUGCUGCUAUUGCAGCAUCUGCUGUGUCUAAAAGUGUAUUUUCUCCAAGUUUGCUGGAUGAAAAUACACAUCUUCUUACCAGGGAAAAAAACAUAGGAAGAGAUAAUGGUGCAGUUGAUGAUACAUCUACUGCAGAAAAAAGAAAUAAUCGUUUAGAUCUGCUCAGAAGUAUCCUAGAGAAUAUUGAAGAGGAAAAGCGAAUGCAAUUAGAAGAAAUGCAACUCAAGAAACGUAUGGGCAGCUCAAGUCAGGAAUCGGAGGAAAGUGAAGAAUCGGAGGAGUCUGCAUCUAAUGAAGAGAAGAAACGGAUGGUCUUGAAAAAGGAAAACCCUCUGAAAGCACUAGAAGCAAUGCAACUCAAGAAACGUAUGGGUAGCUCAAGUCAGGAAUCGGAGGAAAGUGAAGAAUCGGAGGAAAGUGAAGAAUCGGAGGAGUCUGCAUCUAGUGAAGAGAAGAAACGGAUGGUCUUGAAAAAGGAAAAGCCUCUUAAAGCACUAGCAGCAAUGCAACUCAAGAAACGUAUGGGCAGCUCAAGUCAGGAAUCGGAGGAAAGUGAAGAAUCGGAGGAAAGUGAAGAAUCGGAGGAGUCUGCAUCUAGUGAAGAGAAGAAACGGAUGUUCUUGAAAAAGGAAAACCCUCUGGAAGCACUAGAAGCAAUGCAACUCAAGAAACGUAUGGGCAGCUCAAGUCAGGAAUCGGAGGAAAGUGAAAAAUCGGAGGAAAGUGAAGAAUCGGAGGAGUCUGCAUCUAAUGAAGAGAAGAAACGGAUGGUCUUGAAAAAGGAAAAGCCUCUUAAAGCACUAGCAGCAAUGCAACUCAAGAAACGUAUGGGCAGCUCAAGUCAGGAAUCGGAGGAAAGUGAAGAAUCGGAGGAAAGUGAAGAAUCGGAGGAGUCUGCAUCUAGUGAAGAAAAGAAACGGAUGGUCUUGAAAAAGGAAAAGCCUCUUAAAGCACUAGCAGCAAUGCAACUCAAGAAACGUAUGGGCAGCUCAAGUCAGGAAUCGGAGGAAAGUGAAGAAUCGGAGGAGUCUGCAUCUAGUGAAGAGAAGAAACGGAUGGUCUUAAAAAAGGAAAACCCUCUUAAAGCACUAGAAGCAAUGCAACUCAAGAAACGUAUAGGCAGCUCAAGUCAGGAAUCGGAGGAAAGUGAAGAAUCGGAGGAGUCUGCAUCUAAUGAAGAGAAGAAACGGAUGGUCUUGAAAAAGGAAAAGCCUCUUAAAGCACUAGAAGCAAUGCAACUCAAGAAACGUAUGGGCAGCUCAAGUCAGGAAUCGGAGGAAAGUGAAGAAUCGGAGGAAAGUGAAGAAUCGGAGGAGUCUGCAUCUAGUGAAGAGAAGAAACGGAUGGUCUUAAAAAAGGAAAACUAUCUUAAAGCACUAGAAGCAAUGCAACUCAAGAAACGUAUGGGCAGCUCAAGUCAGGAAUCGGAGGAAAGUGAAGAAUCGGAGGAAAGUGAAGAAUCGGAGGAGUCUGCAUCUAGUGAAGAGAAGAAACGGAUGGUCUUGAAAAAGGAAAAGCCUCUUAAAGCACUAGAAGCAAUGCAACUCAAGAAACGUAUGGGCAGCUCAAGUCAGGAAUCGGAGGAAAGUGAAGAAUCGGAGGAAAGUGAAGAAUCGGAGGAGUCUGCAUCUAGUGAAGAGAAGAAACGGAUGGUCUUGAAAAAGGAAAACCCUCUGAAAGCACUAGAAGCAAUGCAACUCAAGAAACGUAUGGGCAGCUCAAGUCAGGAAUCGGAGGAAAGUGAAGAAUCGGAGGAAAGUGAAGAAUCGGAGGAGUCUGCAUCUAGUGAAGAGAAGAAACGGAUGGUCUUGAAAAAGGAAAACCCUCUGAAAGCACUAGAAGCAAUGCAACUCAAGAAACGUAUGGGCAGCUCAAGUCAGGAAUCGGAGGAAAGUGAAGAAUCGGAGGAAAGUGAAGAAUCGGAGGAGUCUGCAUCUAGUGAAGAGAAGAAACGGAUGGUCUUGAAAAAGGAAAAGUCUUUUAAAGCACUAGAAGCAAUGCAACUCAAGAAACGUAUGGGCAGCUCAAGUCAGGAAUCGGAGGAAAGUGAAGAAUCGGAGGAAAGUGAAGAAUCGGAGGAGUCUGCAUCUAGUGAAGAGAAGAAACGGAUGGUCUUGAAAAAGGAAAACCCUCUGAAAGCACUAGAAGCAAUGCAACUCAAGAAACGUAUGGGCAGCUCAAGUCAGGAAUCGGAGGAAAGUGAAGAAUCGGAGGAAAGUGAAGAAUCGGAGGAGUCUGCAUCUAGUGAAGAGAAGAAACGGAUGGUCUUGAAAAAGGAAAAGCCUCUUAAAGCACUAGAAGCAAUGCAACUCAAGAAACGUAUGGGCAGCUCAAGUCAGGAAUCGGAGGAAAGUGAAGAAUCGGAGGAAAGUGAAGAAUCGGAGGAGUCUGCAUCUAGUGAAGAGAAGAAACGGAUGGUCUUGAAAAAGGAAAACCCUCUGAAAGCACUAGAAGCAAUGCAACUCAAGAAACGUAUGGGCAGCUCAAGUCAGGAAUCGGAGGAAAGUGAAGAAUCGGAGGAAAGUGAAGAAUCGGAGGAGUCUGCAUCUAGUGAAGAGAAGAAACGGAUGGUCUUGAAAAAGGAAAACCCUCUGAAAGCACUAGAAGCAAUGCAACUCAAGAAACGUAUGGGCAGCUCAAGUCAGGAAUCGGAGGAAAGUGAAGAAUCGGAGGAAAGUGAAGAAUCGGAGGAGUCUGCAUCUAGUGAAGAGAAGAAACGGAUGGUCUUGAAAAAGGAAAAGUCUUUUAAAGCACUAGAAUCAAUGCAACUCAAGAAACGUAUAGGCAGCUCAAGUCAGGAGUCUGAAGUAAGUGAAGAGAGUACUGAAUCGGAAGGAAGUUAUUCAUCAGAAGAAACCGAGCGGGACAAACGAACACUGAAGGAAUUUUUGCAAAAAUUAAAGAUUUAAACGGAAAUCUUUCAAGCUGACAUAUCUUUUUAGAUUUAGAAUAUUUUCACGGCAAGUUUUUUUUUUAAGUGAACAACACUGUGUAAGAUUAUAGUGAUUUGAAAUUAUCAUUUUUUCUUUUAACUUAUCUUCUACUUGUAUAGUAAUUUUGGGUUUAAAAAAGCUUCUCUUAAAAACUGUGUAAUUUAUAACAAGUUACAAUUACGCCAAUUACAGAAAAAAUCAAUAUUUCAUUUGGUGUUGCUUUCUUUGCAUUUACCCGUGCCAUUGUGCAAGUUAAACGAUUUGAAUACCUGAUACCUAAAGGCAAACAUACCGUGAACGUGUUACUCAAAGCAUGCUGUCAUAAUUGCAUAAAUAAUUUUUAGAAAUAAAGUGAGAAACCUGAAUUAAGAUGAUUUCCUACCCAAAUGGUGUCAUAAUUGAUAAAUCAGUACACUCUGCAUUUAAAACGUGUAUAAACCAUUACUGGAAGGCCAUAAUAUUUCAUUCAGACCGUGUGUUAGUGAUACUGCAUUAGUACCAGUAUAAUCUAUAUAGUUAUCUGCAUGUUAAGAAUGCAUUGAUCUUUGACUUCGUGUACUACAUGCUUCAAAAUAUUGUACUUGUGCAUGCAUUGUAAUGUUCAAAAAGUUUUAACAAUUGAUCUAAUUUGAUCACACAGCUAUCUGUUAAAAAUUUGAAUAAUUAUUUUUCUAAUAUAUGUCAACUUAUUAUAAUUUUUAGAAAAUGCAAAUCAAUUGACUAUCAUGGAAGAAAUUUGACAUUUUUGUCCAAGAUGAAAUUGAUGCGAAACAAGGGUUUAUGUGUUCUUAAACGGAGUUGUAGAAAAAAAAUAAGCAAGUUAAAGAUGACGUUUUUUUUCGAAUGGAAAUAAAUUUUAUUGCUGAUAAUCAAAAAUCAAAAAUCAUUUGGUAUUUCUAUUGUAUGGGAUAGAACUUUGAUUGAGGUGUAAUUUCAGAAAACUAGGUUAUUGACCAACUUUUUGAGUUCGUGGCCAAUGAACAUGUGUUUGAAAAAUUAAAAAGAAUCACUCAAAAUAUU